GGACGAAACUUGCUCCUGGAAGAGCCGAUUCGGCUGGCUUCGAUCCUCGAGCCGUCCUUUCAUCAUCAGCGCGCCGCGGUGCCGUCGCUGACCAAGGUGGUGGGCACGGUGGGCGGCACGAGCCGCAGCGUGGAGGCCCUGGAGGCGCUGCUGCGCGCGGGGAUGACUGUGGCGCGCUUCGACUUCUCCCAUGGCGACGCGGACUACCACCAGCACACGCUCGAUAACCUGCGCAUCGCCAUGCACCGCACCAAGAAACUCUGCGCCGUGAUGCUGGACACGGUGGGCGCGGAGCUCAUCAUCGCCAACCCCGGCGGGGCGCCCAUCACGCUCACGGCGGGCCGCGACAUCACCCUCUCGCCCGCCUGCUCCGCCGCCUCCGCCUCCUGCCUGCCGCUCUCCUUCCACGGCCUCGCGCAGGCAGUGCGGGCGGGCGACGAGAUAUUCGUGGGGCAGUACCUCUUCACGGGCGCCGAGACCACCUCCGUCUGGCUGCAGGUGCGGGAGACUCGAGGGGCGGACGUGGUGUGCUGCAUCCGCAACAGCACCACCCUCGCUGGCCAUUUCUUCACUGCACACGCUGCCCGGGUGCGCAUGGACAUCCCCACGCUGACAGCAGCGGACCGGCAGCACAUAGCGACGUGGGGGCGGCGCAACAGCGUGGACAUCAUCUCCCUCUCCUUCACGCGCCACCCUGAUGACGUCGCCCAGACAAGGGAGCUACUGGAUUCGUUGGGCGACCUGAGUCAGACGCAGAUCUACGCCAAGGUCGAGACCAUGCAGGGUCUAAGGAACUUUGAGGGCAUAGCGGAGGUGGCAGACGGCAUCAUCCUGUCGCGCGGCAACCUGGGCAUCGACGUGCCGCCGGAGAAGGUGUUUGGCGUGCAGAAGUGGGCGGUGGCGCAGUGCAACGUGCGCGGCAAGCCCGCCGUGAUCACACGCGUGCUGGACUCCAUGGUGCUCUCCCCGCGCCCCACGCGCGCUGAAGCCACUGACGUCGCCAACGCCGUGCUCGAUGGAGCGGAUGCGGUGCUGCUGGGCGCGGAGACGCUGAGGGGGCUGUUCCCUGCUGCCACCGUGGCCACUGUGGCUCACAUCUGCGCACAGGCGGAGCGGGUGUUCAACCACACGGGGCACUUCAACAGAACCGUGAAGGCGCUGCCCGACCCCGUGUCGCACCUCGAGAUCAUCUGCUCCUCCGCGGUGCGCACGGCGGAGAAGGUGCGCGCUGCUGCCAUCAUCGCCUUCACCUCCUCCGGCCACACUGCCAGGCUAGUGUGCAAGUACAAGCCGUCCAUGCCGGUGUUGGCGCUCAUGGUACCGCAUGUGUCCACGGACCAGCUCUCCUGGCACCUCAUGGGACCCUUCCAGGCGCACCAGUGCCUGGCAGUGCGCGGCCUGUUCCCCAUCCUGGCUGACGUCAUGACCCACGCGAGCAUCAGCGCAUGGACGCCAGAGGAGUGGGUGCUGCAGGCGGCGCUGGAGCGUGCGGGUGCCAUGGGGAUGGUGCGAGGCCGUGACCGUGUCAUCGUGGUGCAAAAGAUCCGAGAUGCCUUUGCCGUGCGCAUUGUGCACGCCACCCCCACCUGA